AUGGUUAGCAAGUAUGCGACUGAUCAGCCCCAGGGGUUCACAAACAGAAUCGAAAGGGUGGCCAUUGUCGGGGCAGGUGGUUCGAUUGGAAAGCACCUGACGGAAGCAUUGCUUAAAACCGGCCAGCACAUUAUUACCGCUAUCGCACGCCCAAACAGCACCACCAAGCUUCCAGAAAGUCUCAACGUCGUCCAUAUCGACUACAGUGGUGACGACGAUACCGCGCUAGUUGAAGCUUUGCAGGGACAGCAGGCUCUGAUUAUCACAAUGUCCGUAACUGCUCCGAGAGGCACGAUCAACAAAAUAGUACGCGCCGCAGCAAAGGCCGGUGUACCUUACGUUCUGCCGAACUGGUUUGGCCUCGACGGCGCCAAUAACUCGCUAUCUAACGAUAGCAUGCUCAGCGCCAACCGCGACAGCAUUCUUGCCGAGUUCGGCGCCCUUGAAUCAACCUGCUAUAUCUCCUUGGUGUGCAAUUUCUGGUACGAAUUUAGUUUGGGCGGGGGACCUGACCGAUUCGGCUUCGAUUUUAAGAGUCGUUCCUUUAUACAAUUCGAUGAACACGACGUUAUCUUAAAUACAACCACAUGGCCUCAGUGUGGUCGUGCCAUUGCCAGUCUUCUCAGUUUGAAGGAGCUCCCGAAUGAUGAAAGUGAUACGUCGCCUACACUAUCCCAGUUCGCCAACAGUUCCGUUUACAUCUCGAGUUUUCGGUUGAGCCAACGUGAUAUGUGGGAAAGUGUGAAGCGUGUUACUGGUACUGACGACUCUGACUGGAACAUCACGCAUGAAUCUGUAACGCAGCGCUGGAGGGAAAGCCGUGCUGCUGUGGAAAAGGGGGAUUUUUCCGCGUUUCCCAGGAUGUUAUACAGUCGCAUCUUCUUUCCUACUGCCGAUGGUGGCUAUCAGUCUUGUCGUGAGCUGCAUAAUGAUUUGCUUGGCCUGCCAGUGGAGGACUUGGAUGAGUUUACAGCUAUUGCGAUUAGAAUGGGGGAGAAUGAUGAAGUGGUGAAAGCACACUAG